AAUACGAGCUAUCAAGGAUUCUAUAAGCACUGGUCCUACUGCAAAUAUCAGGAAUAGUUGGAUUUUCAAAUGCUUCAUUUAAAAAUUUGAUUUUAUGUCCAAAAGAUGACAUCAGACAUCUCUGAUGAAUCUGAAGCAUUUGAAAUUGAGUCAGCUCGUGAUGCUGUUUUUACUUGUUUUAUUGUUCAAAGGUCACUAAUGCCAUUAGAUUUGAGCACAUGCGAAUAUAUGCUCUUGAGAAGGUCGGUUUUCACAGAAGAAGGAUACAAGAAAAUGUUUCAGCCAAGUAGACGGAUUCUGUAUGCACUGCAUCUAGAUCUACCUAGAGACAUGGAAAGAAGUCUAAGAACUGCUGCACCAUACAAAGCAGAUCGGUACAUGACAUUUUAUGUGGGUGUGCCAAAUAUUAGCGAAAGGGUGUACAACCGCGACCUUGCCCUUGUCAUUGUGAACAAUAUCAGAAGGGCUGACAACAAGACAGAAAAGCUGAGACGGUAUUUGAACCUAAUGAAAUGUCUGAAGCUCGAUAGAUACAGGAGAACGGUAAACUUCAUAUUCGAUAAUGUUAUUCAUUUUCUGUAUCCCGAAUGUAUGGACUCGAAUCUGGUGGUGGAGUUUGCAGAGAUAUUUAAUUUCUAUUCUUGGACCUUUUACCGAGAAAGUCCAGAUAUUGUGGGCUAUGUUCUGGAACAUGCUCGGCGAAUGAGAUACAACAUUUGGGGAUCUAAUGAGUGGAAGUUAGAUCCCAUCAAUGCUUGUAUCACAUUCCACACAACUGGAAAUAUCGGCAAGCUUCUCGAAUAUGGAACUGUUCUUCGCACUAAUUGUCAUCUUUACAUGGAAAUUCUCGGUGAAUUUUUGGGACGAAGACAGACUACCACAUGUAGAAUAUCAGAGCGCAGAAUUUUCUUACUAAUCCAACUAUUCUAUAUAUUUGUGGAGAGUCGCGCGUCAUGGACAGCUCUACGACUCAUCUGGAGAUCCAUUCCGGAUCCAUAUCUAAGUGGGAAGGAACUCUAUUUCGCAUUUGGAGGAAUAAUCACACCAGAAUAUUUCUAUGCCUUGAAUGGAUUUUACAAUUCUACGGUUGUUGAAGAGAACCCUCCAAGCGAUCAUACGACUCCUAGGUUACUUCUACAACUCUGCCGAGUAGCAAUUCGAAGUAUUCUGAGUAGCAAUUUCCAGCUACCCCAUGGAAUUGGCCAACUUGGAGUGGGUAAAACCCUUGAAAGCUAUCUGAAACUUCAAUAUUAAUCAUCCAUUUGUAUACGGAAUAGCAUCUACACAUGCAUCGUAUUUCUACCAAGUACCAUCGUAAGAUGUUCUGGGUAUUUCUACCAAGUACCAUCGUAAGAUGUUCUGGGUAUUUCUACCAAGUACCAUCGUACAGAUGUGCUGGGUAGAACUAAAAUACAUCUGUAAAUCCAUUUCGGAUCUAUAUUUCUAUGCUCAAACUGAAUAUUUUACAAUUGCAGAAGUGUACGUCCAGAUCAGUCAUAUGCUUCCAAGGUCGGUCCUGCACCUAGAUUAAAUAGCUGUUCAAAACAAUUCGAAUAACAAUUUCCAAAUGACCAGGUAAAUGCUCAGCUUGUGGACAGUAAUAUUAUUAAAAGCUACCUAAAACAUGAAUUUUAACCAUUUAUUUUUUAUUUAUUUCUCAGAAAUUGUCGACUCGUCACUUUGUCUAUAAUUUAUUGAAUGAACAAAGAAUUGUCCUUUUUAUAUUAUUGUUAAAACUUGCAUAUUAAUGUUUUUUUAUUUCAAACUAUG